AUGAUCUCACGAAACGUGCAAAGAGUUUUUGUUUUAUUGUCAUGUACCUUUUUGGGUUUAAUUUGUGGAACACUUUAUCUUUAUUCAUCAUACAGUCCCCAACUAGCAAAUCAAUUGCACUACAGUGCAUCUGACUCGUCAAUAAUAGCCCUUUGCGGAACUAUAGGUGUGGCAAUAGCUGGACCAAUAUCUGGGGCCGUUGUGGAUAGAAAGGGGUAUACCGUGUCACUACUAAUAGGUGGUAUUUUGAUUAUAUCGUCGUAUAUUGGAUUGAAACGACAAUUUGACUAUGCUUGGAGCAAUGUGCAAUUUUCCAGCUUCACUAUCUUCUUGGUUGGGGUAGGAUCAACGUUCAUUAACUCUGCAUGUUUGAAAUGUUGUGCUGUGAGUUUUCCCAGUAUUAGAGGUGUCGCUACAAGUUUACCACUAGCAUUAUAUGGAUUAAGUGCUCUAUUUUAUUCAGUUAUAGCAUCUGUGUUUUAUCCUGGUGAUACAUCCAAUUUUUUGGGGUUUUUGGUAAUGUCAAUUAUUUUCAUCUAUUUGAUUUGUUUCCCCAGUGUCUAUAUUGCUGAUUGUGAACACAAACUAAAAAGUGCUUCAACCUUCCACAAACCUUCAGUUACUGUCAAUUCCACACAUCACCAUCCAUCAAACACAGAUUCACAAUCCAUUUCUUCCUUAUUUACGGAUGUUAAAUUUUGGCUUCUUUUUCUUAUAACUGGAACUUUGGCUGCCAUGGGUCAAAUGUACAUCUACUCUGUGGGAUAUAUGGUCAAAGCAUUGGUCACUAAAGCAUUACCUGCUGAAAUGAAUGUCAAUAUAAUAAUCCAACAAGAUCAACAGUUUCAAGUGGGACUUAUUUCUAUAGCUAAUUUCAUUGGAAGAAUAGUUUCAGGUAUUUCAGGCGAUAUUAUAACUCAAUCAUUUCAUAAACCAAGAGAGUCUUUACUAUUUAUACCUGCUAUUGGUAUGGGUAUAUGCCAGUUAUUAGCCUUCAAUAUUGAGAGCUACACGGAACUACCUUCCAACUCAUUUCUAAUCGGAUUCUUUUAUGGAUUUACAUUUUGUAUCCUGCCAAUUAUUGUGGGUGAUGCCUUUGGUAUGGAGAAUUUUUCAUUCAAUUGGGGGAUUGUGAGUAUGAGUCCAAUCGUUCCUAGCUUUUAUUUCACAAAGUUAUUUGGUCAGAUAUAUGAUUCAAAUUCCGUAACUAUUCAAGAUUUAAAUGAUGCAAAUUCAAACACCUUUGUUUGCACUUUAGGAAAGUUAUGCUACAAUUCUAUUUUCAAAUUAACGUUGGCGUUAAGUAUUUCUGCAAUCAUUGCUGUCGUUGUGCUAAAUUUCCGAGAGUUUAUUUCUAAAAGAAGAAAGAUAACGUCAUUACCACUUGCAUCCCCCACACAAGGAAUAGUUAACGAAAAAGUCAAUUAA